AUGAUCGUCACUGAUCCGUUGUACCUGAAGCAUUACAUCAUUAACAAUGUGACGAUUAAGUGUUUCAUAGACAGCAUAACAGUGAUAUUGGGAAGAAACGGGUGCGGAAAAUCGGUGCUCAUCCGCAUGCUGGCAGGUGCCAUAAAGCCGUCGUCGGGGACGGCGUUCUUCGAUGGUGCGGACAUGCGCACGAACGGCUCCAAAGUGCGGCCGCACAUCGGCUACUGUCCUCAGAACAGCACCCUCAUUCCCUUCCUCACCGUGGAAGAGAACCUGCUGUUUAUCGCAUACUUGCGCGACGUCCUUCAGCCUUCGGAGCGAGACUCUAUUCAGGGGGAAGAACCUCGAUCUGCUCAGAUAGACGACCUGAUAUUGACGCUCCUGACGCAAUUCCAGCUGAUCGAUCAGAGGGAGAGCCUCGCGAGCAAGAUCACAUACGCCGAGCAGCGGCGUCUGCAAGUGGCCAUGACCUUGCUUGAUAAUCCACUGUUCGCCCUCUUCGACUGCCCUACGGAAGGAAUCGACACGGACUCUCGCAAUGUGAUCUGGGACGCCAUACUCAAGUCCCGCCCCCAGACAACGGUGGUGCUCGCCACGAACAGCAGCGACGAGGCUGAGAUUCUGGGAGACCGCAUCGCCAUCAUAUGCAGGAGCCUGAUUAGCUGCUGCGGCUCGGCCAUACCUGCGAAAGAAAUAUGGUUGGCGGGCUCUUAA